UUGAUCUUCCUCACUGUUUUAGGUCGUGCUGUACCCUGUUUUUCUUUUAUUGCAGUUGUAAUAUUUCUUUCAUUCUUGUUGUAUUUAUUAUGCACUGGAUUACUGUAUUUAUUUUGAAGUGCUGCAAAAAUUUGUGGAAUCAAUUUGUAGUAUUGUGGGAGGAAUAAGGGGAUAUUUUUAGAAGUGUGUUUUCAGUGCAGGUAGUUUGUGGUAAGUAAAUCCCUUAGGGGAGGCUCUGCCGGAUUUUCCGUUGGAGAGUUCGGUAGGGUUUCCCUGGGAUCAGGGCUGUCUAGGGUUCCGGGGAAGGAAUUCUGGACGGGUCCUGACAUAAAUGUCUUAAAAUAAUAUUGUUAAGGCUUAAAAAAAAAAAAAGAAAGAAGAAAAAUCUGUGUUGCAAAUGGAAAUCAGUAUCAGUACUGCUUCAUCUUUAAAUAUUGCUCAGCUAGCCGUGCAAUGUCCAAGCUAGUUAGAACAAAAUCAAAAAGCAUUCAUCUUUAUCCAUAUAUAUAUCUCUCUCUCUCUCUCUCUCUCUCUCAAUUUUACUACUAGUAGAUCCAUGGCUUCCGACAUUAUUUUCCUCCCCGCUGCAAAGCUCCGAGUGCUUGCCGAACGAAUUCAUCUCAUUGAAUGAACAAACUUAGCGGACAUCCAAUUUGCUUCAACAACCGAAGAAAUGGUUUAUCUCCGAAUCUCCAGCUUCAAUCUUCAUUCCGUUGGGAGCAUUCUAGAUGCAAGUGAUGCAGCAGUGACCAAGUAUGCGAGCGACGCCGUUCGCCGUCCUAUUGCUUCUCUCAUCUUUGCUUACAUCGAGACAUGUCUCAACAAUGCGCUGCAGAUCUUCAACAACUACACUGUUCGAAGGGACAACCUUGACAAAAUCGCCCCCCAUCUCCAAAACCUUAUCAAAGAAUUGGAUGAUCUGGACACUUCCAAUUCCGCCGAUGUUACGGCUCUCACCAAGAAAAUUGAGAAGUUCAACGAGGCUAUUACCAACUACACCAAGAUGAUUGCAAAUACCCGUGCUUCUGAAGAUUUCUCUAGACGUCUCAAGGACAGCGGCAUCGACUUCCCUACCUUGGUCCGAAGGUAUCAGGCAAAUCUUGGGUUUUCUGGACAAUUUGAGUAGCUGACAGAUGAACAGAAGAUAUUGGUGUAUGAUUCAAUAAUAGAGGCUUCAGGUCGGGGAAAAGUACUCAAUCAUAAAGUUCUAAAGGCAAUUUCUGUGCCAGGAAGUUUUCGAAGCAAUCAAUUGAAAGAUAUAACCAUUGAGGAUGCUUUUGGAAAAGCAGUGCUGCUGAGGAAUGCAGCAGUCAUAACUUGGGAUGUAUUUACGGCUGAGCACCCAAUCAAAGCAGUGACAGGUGAUGCAAUUGUGAUAGCAGCUAACAAAGGAGGGGCAUUAUUGGGAGAUAGAGUUUCAGCUGCCAUGGUGACAUUAGAGGUUGCAGAGGCAUCUGCUCUGUUCGUUACAGGGGUUGGAUUUGUGGUUGGCUUUGCGGCAGGUUUUAUUGUUGGUCAAAUUGCUGGCGCUGUUUUCGAUGCAAUUUUCGGCUCAGGAGGGUCUGAUCCUCUGCCUAAUCAAGACCAACUCUUCUAUGCAGCUACUAUGCCUGAUGGCAAAGAGUUGGCCAGACUUAUUGCCUAGACUUCUACCAUAUCAAAUAAAUAAUCUAAGCUCGGUGCAUGUCCAAUAAAAAUAAAAAUAAAAAUAAAAAUAAAAAUAAUAGUCUACUAGACCAUCCUUAUUUACCAAAAAAAAAUAUUAAACCAUCCUUAAUACAAGGAAUUAAUAAUUUCAUCUAUGGAUAAUGUUUGGUAUCUUGCUUAUGUAUUGUUUUGAAUUGCACCAAUAAAAUAAUUUACGUUUGAGUAA